AUGCCACUCUAUACCAAAUUUCUAAAGGAGCUCAUGACCAAGAAAAGAAACUCAGGGGAAAAAGAAACUAUAGUGCUCACAGAGGAAUGCAGUGCCAUUAUACAAAAGAAGCUUUCCCAAAUGAUGAAGGAUCUUGGGAGCUUCCGAAUCCCAUGCAUCAUAGGAGGCAUUAGUAUUGAGAAAGCAUUGUGUGCUCUGAGAGCUAGCAUCAUCCUUAUGUCCUUGGCCAUGAUGAAGAGAAUGAGGAUUGAAGAAGCUAAGCCAACAAGAAUGGCACUUCAACUAGCAGAUAGAACAUUCAAGUUUUCCCAUGGAGUAGUGGAGCACUUGUUGGUUAAGGUGGGAGAAUUUAUCUUUCCAACAGAUUUUGUAGUGCUUGACAUGGAAGAGGAGGCCAAUGCAUCAAUCAUACCAGGGAGGCCAUUUUUGGCAACAGCUGGAGCUAUAACUGAUGUACAAAAAGGAGAAUUGGUUCUCAGGCUUCAUGAAGAAAAGAUGGUAUUCAAUAUUUUCACUGCUAUGAGUUGCCCUAAAGAGUCCAUUGGAGAGUGUAUGAUGGUAGAUACAACGGAACACUAG